CCACGUGGCUCCUUCCUUCCUUCCUUCCUCCGAGUCCUGCCCCGCCCCUUGCAGCGCAGCGGGCUGCGGCUGCCUGAGACCCUGGCCUGGGGGCACAGACUCCCGGAGGGUGCGGUGGCUCCUCCCUGCCGAGGGGUGUUAUUCAUGCUGCCCUAGACAGCGGGGCAGCCCGUCAUUGCUCCCCUAGGGGGGCUUGAAGCCAGUCUAGUUAGUAGGGUCCGGGUGGGAGAGCCUGGGCAAGCCCCUGAGCUGUGUGGGGAGCCCCACUGCCGGCCAGUCCAUGGGUGCACUGGCACCACAGGGAUGACCCUGGUAUAAAGUGCUAGAGGGACAGAGCCAGUGACACACGCCUAGCACCCAUGCCCAGCUCCUGGGUGACUCCAGCUGCCAAACCUAUGGAGAAGGGAGAGCAGCAGUGAGGGCAGCAUCCCAAGCUGGCCCCCCAACGAUGGGGACAGCUUCCUCUCUGGUGAGCCCAGCGGGCACUGGAGGGGAGGUGAUCGAGGAUGCCUACGGGGGAGGUGGCGGCGAAGCCUGUGAGAUCCCAGUGGAGGUGAAGCCUAAAGCUCGCCUGCUGCGCAGCUCUUUCCGCCGGGUGGGUGCUUCGCGGCCUGGAGGCCUCAUCGGGGCCAGCUUCAAAUCCACUGCCUCAGUGCAGGAGUUGGAGUGCAUGGCUGAGUAUGAGCGUCUGAAGAAAGAAUAUGAGAUCUUCCGUGUCAGCAAGAACAACGAGGUGGCCUCUAUGGUCAAGAAAGAAGCCAAGCUUGACCUGGAGAACAAGAGACUCCGGGCAGAGCUCCAGGCUCUUCAGAAAACUUACCAGAAAAUACUUAGAGAGAAAGAAAGUGCUUUAGAAGCCAAAUAUCAAGCCAUGGAGAGAGCUGCUACAUUUGAACAUGACCGGGACAAAGUCAAGAGACAAUUCAAGAUUUUCAGAGAAACUAAGGAAAAUGAGAUUCAGGAUUUAUUGAGGGCCAAACGAGAACUGGAGACAAAACUUCAGAGACUGCAAGCCCAAGGGAUCCAAGUAUUUGAUCCUGAAGAAUCUGAUUCAGAUGACAAUUGCACAGAAGUUACUGCUACUGGAGCCCAAUCUGAAUAUUGGACUGGUGGAGUGUUGGGAAGUGAGCCAUCAAUGGGUAGUAUGAUGCAACUUCAGCAGUCUUUCAGAGGGCCUGAGUUUGCUCAUAGUUCCAUAGAUGUGGAAGGACCAUUUGCGAACAUAAACAGAGAUGACUGGGAUGCUGCGAUUGCCAGUUUAUUGCAGGUCACGCCACUGUUUUCCCACUCUCUGUGGAGUAACACAGUAAGGUGCUAUCUCAUUAAUACAGAUGAGACUCAGCCUGAAGUGGACAUCUUCAUUAGGAACUACUCACCAAAACUUCAAAGAAUAUGUGAAACAAUGGGGUACUUCUUUCAAGUUGUUCAUUUUCCAGUAGAAAAUGGAAAUCAUUUCCAGGCUGUGAGAAAAUGGGAAAUUGAGAAAAGUUCCUUAGUUAUUUUGUUCAUACAUUUAACUUUGCCAAGCUGUUUGCUGGAGGACUGUGAAGAAGCCUUAUUGAAAAAUCCUGAAGGAAAGCCCCGGCUGAUUUACCGCAGAAUAGAAGAUGGCAAAGUCAGUUCAGACCCUGUGCAGCAGUUAACUGAGCAAGUUUGCUAUGUGAACAAAGCAAAGCUCAUUGAUCACAUGGGAGGAGUGGAAGAAGGAGCGUAUGAAACUUAUAAUUGUGUGGAAAAGAUCAUUAAACAGGAUAUAUUUGGCUGUGAAAGCACAGAAGUGGAAGGCAAGGAUUUGGGUAAUAAAGAGGAAUCCACUGCACCCGAGGAGGAAGUUUUUGGAGAUGUACUGUGGGAUGCACAUGAUGAACAAGAACAGAUAGAAGCUUUCCAGCAGGCCUCUAACUCAACAUGUGAACUAGGAUUUGAGAAAUAUUAUGAACGUCUAAAUGAUCUAGUGGCAGCACCAGCACCCAUCCCACCUCUUCUUGUGUCUGGAGGACCAGGCUCUGGCAAAUCUCUUCUCCUGUCAAAAUGGAUUCAACUGCAACAGAAGCGUUCACCAAACACACUAAUUCUCUAUCACUUUGUUGGGAGGCCCAUGUCUGCCAGUUCAGAAUCUGCACUAAUCAUUAAACGGCUUACUUUGAAGCUCAUGCAGCAUUCUUGGUUAGUGUCACCUUUAACACUGGAUCCAGCUAAGCUCUUGGAAGAAUUUCCUCGUUGGCUGGAAAAACUUUCUGCUCGUCACCAAGGCAGCAUUAUCAUAAUUAUUGACUCUAUAGACCAAAUACAGCAAGCUGAAAAACAUAUGAAAUGGCUGAUAGAUCCCCUGCCAGUGAAUGUAAGGGUGAUUGUAUCUGUGAAUGUGGAAACAUGUCCUCAGGCAUGGAGGUUGUGGCCAACUCUUCAUCUUGAGCCAUUGAAUUCUAAAGAUGUGAAACGUCUCAUUAGUGCAGAAUGUAGCUGUGCAGAUGUUAAAUUGACCAAAGAACAGGAGAAGAAACUUGAGAAACACUGUCGUUCUGCCACAACUUGCAAUGCUUUGUAUGUCACUCUUUUGGGCAAAAUGAUUGCUUGUGCUGGAAGUGCAGGAAAUAUUGAUGAAAUCCUUCAACAGUGUUUCCAAUGUCAAGAUACAGUAUCACUGUACGGACUUAUUCUGAGAUCAGUUCAGGAGUCCAUGCUGAACGAUAAAGACAAACACCUUAUGAGAGAGGUUCUCUGUGUCAUCAGUGUUAGCCACAAUGGAGUGAGUGAAUCAGAGCUGAUGGAACUUUAUCCCGAACUAUCCUGUGUCACGUUAGCCUCUCUAGUACACAGUCUGCACAAGAUGGGUAUGCUGACAUAUGGCUGUGGUUUGCUAAAGUUUCAGCACCUCCAGGCUUGGGAAACGGUGAGACUAGAAUACAUGGAAGAAGGUCAAAAUAGUAUUUCUACUUACAGAAGAAAACUAAUAGACUACUUCACCGUGCAGCUAAGUCAAGGCAGAGUGACUUGGAGAAGUGCCGAUGAACUUCCUUGGCUUUUUCAACAACAGGGCAACAAGCAGAAGCUACACAAGUGUCUCCUGAACCUCUUUGUAUCUCAGAAUCUUUACAAAAGGGGGCAUUUUGCAGAAUUACUGAGUUACUGGCAGCUUGUCGGAAAAGAUAAGAGUUCAAUGGCAGCAGAGUAUUUUGACUCUCUAAAGCAAUAUGAGAAAAGCUGUGAGGAAGAGGAAAGUAUGAUCCGUCUGGCUGAUCUUUAUGAAACUCUGGGACAAUUCUUAAAAGAUCUAGGCCUUCUCAGUCAGGCAGUUGCUCCUCUGCAGCGUUCUCUGGAAAUUCGGGAGACUGCACUGGAUCCAGAUCACCCCAGGGUAGCACAGUCUCUCCAUCAGUUAGCAGGAGUAUAUGUGCAGUGGAAAAAGUUUGGAAAUGCUGAGCAGUUAUAUAAGCAGGCUCUGGAAAUCUCUGAAAAUGCUUAUGGAGCUGAACAUCCCAGGGUUGCUCGUGAACUGGAUGCACUUGCAACAUUAUACCAGAAACAGAACAAAUAUGAACAAGCUGAACAGCUGAGGAAAAAAUCCUUUAAAAUGCGACAAAAAGCAGCAAGGCGGAAAGGCAAUUUGUUUGGAUUUGCUCUUCUACGUCAACGAGCCUUGCAGCUGGAAGAGCUUACGUUAGGCAAAGACACACCAGAUAAUGCUCGUACCCUCAAUGAGCUUGGAGUUCUCUAUUAUCUGCAGAAUAAUCUCGAGACAGCUGAACUUUUUCUGAAGCGCUCCCUAGAAAUGAGGGAGAGGGUCCUGGGACCAGACCACUCAGACUGUGCACAGUCUUUGACAAUCUGGGCAGCUUUGUACAAUGAAAAGAAACACUACGAGGCUGAGGAACUGUAUGAAAGAGCUUUAGAAAUUAGGAGGCGAGCACUAGCCCCUGAUCAUCCCUCACUGGCUUACACUGUGAAACAUCUUGCAGUACUCUACAAAAGCUGGGAAAGCUUGACAAGGCAGUGCCUCUGUAUGAGUUGGCUGUUGAAAUUCGACAAAAAUCAUUUGGUCCAAAGCACCCUAGCGUAGCUACUGCCUUGGUAAACCUGGCUGUUCUUUAUUGUCAGAUGAAAAAGCACAUUGAAGCUUUACCUCUGUAUGAAUGUGCAUUAAGAUUAUGAAGACAGUUUGGUCAGAUGCAUCCUCGUGUGGGAGAAACACUAAAAAACUUAGCUGUGUUGAGCUAUGAAGGAGGAGAUUUCGAGAAGGCUGCCGAGCUGUACAAGAGAGCCAUGGAAAUCAAAGAAGCAGAGACUCUGUUGAUCGAGGGAAAAGCACUUCCCGGCCCUCGUAAAUGGAGACACUUUUCAGGUUUAAGAAGUACAUUAUCUCCAAUGUUUUUCUAGACCAGGGACAAAGGUGAUGCAAACUGGCACAAAAACAAAUGCCAGUGAAGAAUGCUUGAUGGUUAAGUACUUAAAAUAAGCCUGCUUCAGAUUAAAAAAAAAAAAUUCUAGGAGACAGUUUGUGAUGAUGAAAAAAUGAACAAAGUUUUACAUUUGAGUUUAAAUAUUUCUGUUCAUGCCAUUUUUGUGGACCAUGUGAUACAGAGUUACUUCUGUGUUACACACAGGCAGUUAGUGAGACUGGCUGAGUGUGUUCUGGUUAGUUAAUUGUUCAGACGUAGCUGUAAUGCCAGAAAACAUCAGUUUUUGUUUUUUCUCUAUACCUCUUUUUAGUAGAGGACCUGUGAGCUGCAAGGUAUAAUCAAUAAAACAGCUACUAGGUGUUA